UCUGAAACUGAUGUAACACAAUCUGAUAAGCGAAGCAUCGUUUUAUUAUCAGAAGAUGGGAAAAAGAUAACUGUUGAUAUGGAUGUUAUAUCACAAUCAAAAACCAUAAAAAAUGUAUUAACAGAUUUACUGGUCGAUCAAGUUGAUGAAUCACAGCCAGCUUUUGAUUUACCUGUGCAAUUGCCAGCUAAAACUAUUGAAAAAGUUCUAGAAUGGUGCAAACAUCAAGUACACCUUACACCUGACGCAGAGAAAUCAGAGGAAGAACAAAUUUGGCGACAAAAUUUUCUUACCUUAUCGGACAAUAAUGAACUUUUCGAACUUGUUCAGGCAGCAAAUUAUUUGGAUGUUGGCGAUUUGCUUUCAUAUGGCUGUAAAACUAUCGCAAAUCAUAUCAAAGGCAAGUCUGUCGAGGAGUUACGAACUUUCUUCAACAUCGAAAAUGAUUUCACACCUGAAGAAGAGGCUCGUAUUCGAGCAGAAAAUGCCUGGUGUGAAAUGUAA